AAGUACAAUGCCAGUCAGUGUGCUAAGCAAUGGAGCUACAAAGACAAGAGUAAAAUAAUCUUGGGUCUCAAAAAGUUUCUAUUUUAAUAGAAGAGAUAAUAUGUUAAUUUUCUAUCACUUUUCACUAGUGUUUAAUUCUUUGUGAUCCUAUCCCAUUUGGGAUUUUCUUGGCAAAGGUGUUGCCGUGGAAAUAGUUGCCAUUUCCUUCUCCAGCUCAUUUUACAGUUUAGAAAAUUGAGGCAAAUAGCAUUAAGUGACUUGCCCAGGGUCACACAGCUAGUAAGUAUGAGAGGUUAGAUUUGAACUCAGGAAGAUGAAUUUUUCUGACUCAGGACUUAGAGCACUAUGUCAAUUGCACUACUUAGCUGUCCCCUCCCCAUAUAAAUAUUGAGCUAGGGAGAAGCAAUAACAGAAAAUGAGAUCAGAGAAGGACACCUAAAUGGCUAAAUCAUAGAAUGUAUGGAAGUAAGUAGAUAGUAUUCUGGCAGGAAGGGGCCAGAUUGUAAGGAAGAGAGGACUUUUUACUGAAUCCUAGUAGUCAUAGGGACCCCGGAGUUUAUUGAGUAGGGGAGAUGAUAUAGUCAGAUCUAAACUUCAGGAAAAUUACUUGACAGCUCUGUGUAAAAUGAAUUGGAGUAAGGAGAAACUCCCCACUCCAAAAAGAAAAAAGAAACUUUUUUUUUUUUUUUGCUUAACAUUACUUUUAUUCCCUUGUAAUAAAAUUCAAUCAUUUUAGAAUGUUUGCGUUGAAUUAACAUUUCAGAGACUUUAAAGAGGAAGUGUGUUUCGGUCAAAACAACAAGGGCCUUAGGACAACGCCUGGGAACCUAUCCUUAGUUCCCACAAGAGUGUCCACUCUUGAAAAGGAUUUCCCUGAGAAGCUCCCCCCACCCAUCCCCACCUGAGAUCAGUGCCUCGUUCUAGCCAAACUAAAAAUUAAAAGCUCUGAUAUUAGGGCAAAGGGGAGCUCUUUUAUUUUAUUUUAUUCUUAAUGAUUGCAUUUGUUUCUCAUAAAUAUAACAUUUAAUAUAGGCUUGCAUAUCCAGAUGUCUUUAUAAAUAGCGCUAGCUGUAGUCUUCAUGAUUUUCCUCUUCUUUCACAUUUUAAGAUCUGGGAAUCCCCCGCAGCUCUCUCUAAAACUCCAGGCAAAGACAGAUGCUUAAGAGCAAGCAUGAUAAAACUCCCAAUGUUUUUCUCUUCCUUGGGGGCUGGCAUCAUCUCAGGGUCCCAGAAAUCUGCAAUGCCAAAUAUCUCAAGCAGUUGAAGAACAAGGAGAAAGACGGAGACGGAAGCCAAGCAAUCCUGCGGCUGAUGACGAGAACUACUGAAUGAUUAUUUCAGCGAUUUUAAGAAAGCAAUCCCCCUAGGACCACGUAGUGCUGAAGAAAGCCCUAGAACUAACCCUACUAGAUUUUGGGGGGGAGGAGGGAGGAAAAGGGAGACUUAUUCCUAAAGACACACCUUGGGACCUCUCUUUCCUCUGUUCUUAUCCGACUUCGAAAGGUCUGGGAAGCUCGAGUUUGGGGAGUGGAUGUGAGAUUUCUCUCCAACCCUCUCAGCUGGCUGGGAACUCUUGUAGAUAUAGGCAACACUUUUCCAAGCGAGAUUGGAGAGCGAAAACAGCGCAGAGACAACCAUUUUUAUAGUGAAUUUUAGAUUGCCUUUAGCUCUCUGGCUCCUUCACGGGAAGGGGGGGAUUCCAAAACCAUACUCCCUCGCGCAAACCAUCCUGCCUUCAUCUCAUCUCCCUCCUUCUCUCCCACCCCCACUUUUGUUGCCCCUAGAUCAGGCAUCUCCCGCCUCCACAUCCUUUCCCAAGGCUGGUGUAUGCGCGACUUUGCGCGGAACAAGGGCUGCCGCGGCGAAUACAGCCAUCUACUCGGGGAGAUGGUGAUCAUGGCAGGGACGGUGAUGCUGGCUUAUUAUUUCGAGUACACGGACACGUUCACCGUCAAUGUACAGGGCUUCUUCUGCAACGACAACGCCUACCGCAAGCCCUACCCGGGCCCGGAGGACAGCAGCGCCGUGCCGCCCGUGCUUCUCUACUCGCUGGCUGCUGGGGUCCCCGUCCUAGUGAUCAUAGUUGGAGAAACUGCUGUAUUUUGCCUACAACUAGCCACAAGGGAUUUUGAAAAUCAAGAAAAAACUAUUUUAACCGGAGACUGUUGUUAUAUAAAUCCACUAGUACGCAGAACUGUCCGGUUUCUUGGGAUUUAUACAUUUGGGCUGUUUGCUACAGAUAUCUUUGUGAAUGCCGGACAGGUAGUGACAGGGAAUCUGGCUCCACAUUUUCUUGCACUCUGCAAGCCCAACUAUACGGCUCUUGGAUGUCAGCAGCUCACACAGUUCAUCAGUGGUGAAGAGGCCUGUACUGGUAACCCAGAUCUCAUCAUGAGAGCUAGGAAAACCUUCCCUUCCAAAGAAGCAGCUCUGAGUGUCUAUGCAGCGAUGUAUCUGGCAAUGUACAUUACCAACACAAUAAAAGCCAAAGGAACAAGACUUGCUAAACCAGUUCUAUGCUUGGGCUUAAUGUGUUUGGCCUUUCUUACUGGACUCAACAGAGUAGCAGAAUAUCGAAAUCAUUGGUCAGAUGUGAUAGCAGGUUUUCUUGUUGGAAUAUCUAUAGCAGUAUUUUUGGUCGUAUGUGUGGUAAACAAUUUCAAAGGAAGACAACCAGAAAAUGAACAUAUACACAUGGACAAUCUGGCACAGAUGCCAAUGAUCAGCAUUCCUCGAGUAGAAAGUCCCUUAGAAAAGAACCACAUCACGGCCUUCGCAGAAGUCACAUGAUGUCGAACUGGAUGCUUUUUCACUGCACUGGACAUCAUCCCUUUUCACAGUCCAUUCAUGAGUCCCAAAGUCUUUUGAUAGCAGGAUCAGUUUAUAAAAAUGUCUGGUUGCUGAUCAUUCAUACAAUAUUGAAGUCUAUGUUACCUUUAUUUUGAAAAGAUGCUCCUUAAGUAUUCAGAUUUCAUGUUAUAGUCCCACAAAACCAUCUCAACUAUGAAAAGCAAACUAUAUGCUCACCAGAUUUGUAUGAAAAAAAAAAAAACCAUUAUACGGGCCUAGUUGAACUUUUCAAUAAUUUGUGUUAUCUAACUCAGCAGUAUGCCAUAUUUAGUUUACAACAGGCUUUCAGAGUCAAAAAGUUUGUGUCUUCCCCCCACUUUUAUUCAGCACAGUCAUUUGAAUUGAAACAUUUCUGUGUGUAAAAUUUCUUUUUUAAAAUAUGUUAUAUAUUCAAAUAACAUUUGCACAUUAUAUUAUAGUACACUUCACUUAAAAUACCAUUCCUCCUGAACAUUCUCAGACUGGUGCUCCUGCUUUUGAAGGGAAAAUGCCCAUUUUUUACUGUAAUGAGUAAUGUAUCAUAAUUAAAAUAUAUUUAUUUGGAUUUUUCCUGAUAA